UCCAAAAUGGAGCCUCUCACAGCUUACCCGUUAAGAUGCUCAGGGCCCAAAGCAAAGGUAUUUGCAGUUUUGCUGUCUAUGGUUCUGUGCACAGUAAUGCUAUUUCUUCUACAACUAAAAUUUCUAAAACCUAAAAUCAACAGCUUUUAUGCCUUUGAAGUGAAAGAUGCAAGAGGAAGAAUGGUUUCUCUGGAAAAGUUUAAAGGCAAAGUUGCACUAGUUGUAAACGUGGCUAGUGACUGCCAACUCACAGACAGAAAUUACUUAGGACUGCAGGAACUGCACAAAGAGUUUGGACCAUUCCACUUCAGCGUCCUGGCUUUUCCAUGCAAUCAGUUUGGAGAAUCGGAGCCCCGCCCAAGCAACGAAGUAGUAUCUUUUGCAAGAAAUAACUACGGAGCAACGUUCCCCAUCUUCCACAAGAUUAAGAUUCUAGGAUCUGAAGCAGACCCUGCAUUUAGAUUUCUCGUUGAUUCUUCAAAGAAGGAACCAAGGUGGAAUUUUUGGAAGUAUCUGGUCAACCCUGAGGGUCAAGUUGUGAAGUUCUGGAGGCCAGAGGAGCCCAUUGAUGUCAUCAGGCCUGAGAUAGCAGCUCUGAUUAGACAAAUGAUCUUAAAAAAGAAAGAGGAUCUAUGAAAAUGGCAUUGAACCACUCUAGUGCAAUAGUCAGAAUACGCAAAUGCCUCCACGGAGGGUUUGGUCUCAUUUUAAAUACUCUGACAAUUAAAUGUGGCAGUGAAGGAGGAUUUUUUUAAUGUUACCUUGCUAGUGAAUGGUAAUGAACGUCCCCAUGAUAGAGAUGUUACCCACGGCAAAAAUAAAGAGUAGCCAAAGAAUCAAAAUGAAAUAUACUAAAUACUUCAUCUGAACACACCAAAUGAUUCAGAACACACAGUUGCCAAUGUGCUUCCAUAACCUAUUGUUCAACUUGACAUUUUCUAGGAUGGUACUUGAUGGAAAUGCCAGCACACUAGACCACUGUUUUGAAUUCAGGACACUGUGUGACUGAAAUUUCUGGAGUAACUGACUGUAAAUGGCUAUUUUUAUGUAAUAAAACACAAAAUAAACAUUGAAAA